AUGGCCCUUCGCCUUCUCUUCGUCCUCGCCGCGACUCGCUGUGCGGAAGCCUCUCUUCGAGGAAACCUUCAUGCGAGUGCCGGGUCCAUGAGCACCGACCAGCUCCGUGAGACCGUGUUGCAAGAGGUCAUGGCAGCGCUGGGAACCGGCAACCGUGUCACCGACAAGCGCCUCCAGAGCAUCGAGGCGGUUUUGAAGCCGACCUUCGUGGCAAUGCCAAAGAACGAGCACGGCAAGUUGGAAGAUGCAGCCGCCAGGUACGUGCUGCAUCGGCUCUUUGUUCAGCGCCACGCCAUGCAAAUCAAGGGCUUGCAGGCCGAUGGCAUGGACUGGAAGAACGUGACCACCUCAAAGGUGCUGGAGGAGCUCGGGGUUUCUCCAGAGCAUGUGCCGUCCUUCGUGUUGUCGCUCUUCGAAGAGCGCUUGAAGGACCAGGGGCUCGGACUGCACGAGCUCACGGUGCUGGCAGCAACGUUGGAGCACCUGAUUCAUGACGAGGCAGUGCACCGGCUGGAGGUUGUCUAUGAGGCCCACGGCCUUUCCCAGGAUGCUCGGGUGAAGGAGGUCGCGCUUCAAGACCUCAUCGACACCUACAUGACCCUAUUCCUUGUGGGCUCGCAGAACUUCUCAGCAACCAGCGUAUCGAAAGAGCGCGACAUGAUUGUUGAGAGCUAUCCGGGCUGGCAGGAGACGCGCAAGUUCACGAUGCAGGUGCGCUCAAGCGUGGUUGCAGAGAAGGGUUCCAGUUCCGAUUCCAACUUUGCACUCGAGAACUUCUCCUUUCGUGCGGCGACGGAGAUAGUCGAGGAAAUUGGUGAACGCUACGGUCGCUGGCAGGAUUCGGAGUGCCGUGACCUGAAGACUUCGCUUCUCAAGUCCGAGCAUGCUGGAACCGGACGUGUCCUGCUGAAGGACUUCUAUUCCGCAGCUUUGGGGGGCCAGUGGCAGUUCUCUGAGAGCAUCGAAUACUUGCGGGAGCUCGGUGCGCUGGACGAGUCAGACCCCUCGCACCUCGCCGUCUUCAUCCCGAACUACGUCAACUCACAGUCGAACUGCGUGGCGUCAUCCAGUAUCUAUUCGGUCUGCUGCAUCAACGAGUGCGAGGCCCUGAUGGGACACCUUGAGGCCAAGGUGGCUGCACCUCAAGCGGCGCCCAAAGAAAUCCUUGAGAUUGUUGCCUCGCUGCCCUCCGCCACUGUCCGUACACCUCGGCAGCUGCCGGAGACGCUGGCGGCUCGCCUGGACGAGGUGGCCGCGCAGCAUGGGGGCUCGGCUGGCGAUAACGUAGACAGCCAUUUAAGGUGCCACUUCAUGGGCGUCUAUUUGCACAAUGGCUGCACCAUGCCUACCCGCGUGAGUGUCCGUAUCCUCACACGGCAGGCAGCUGGGCCUGCAUUUGAGAUGGAGGUGUUGGGAGUAUUGGGGACGGAGGAUAUGAAGCGCUACGUGGAUGCAGUGCCCGCGGCGCCGGCACCGGUGGCGCUCCCGUGGUCCGCCGAGGAGCAGCUCGUGACGUCGACGCCGUGCUUCAUCAAGCUGCUCAUGACACUAAUCACUGGAACGAUCAGUGUUGAGACCGCCGUGAUGAUGACUGGCAUUUCUAAUGCUCAGAAAGGCAAGAUCACCACUCCUCCCCUGCGUGCACAAGCAGCACGCUUGCUGAGUGCAGCCAGGGAGAAAGUUGUCACAUUUGGGUCCGACAUCAUUCAUGCCAUGCUCCACCCCGGCUGGCUUUCUGCCGCGAGUGCAGAGCAGAAGCUACAGGGCCAGUGUGAGGAGUUGCAGGGCCAAGUGCGAAACCUGUCGGGUGAGCUGCAGAGGGUGACACAAAAGCUCAGCUCUUCCGAAGCUGAUCUCAAACGUCGGGUUUCGGAUUUUGAGUCCGAGCGGCAGAGCUUCGCCGAGGAGAAAGUGGGCUGGGAGAGCAGGUACGCGUCUCUUCUUCGGCAAUGUGAGGCCCUCACCACAGAGCGCAGUCAGCUGACGUCAGACAUCGAGGAGCUUACGGAGCAUGCCAGCUCCUUACGUGAUGAGGCGCAGCUGCAGCGACAGGAAAUGGAGGAGGCCUACGAGAGUGUGACCUCUGUCCUGGAGCGAGAGAGGGAGGACGCCAAGAAGGAGGCCGAAAGCUCCAAGAGCCAGAUCCAGCAGCUCAGUGCGGAGAAGCAACAACUAAGCGCGACCUUUGAAAAAAUGAAGAUGGACAUGGAGCAGGCAGCGAAACGUCUGCAGGAGGAGCAUGCGAGAGCCGUGACGGGUCUUGGGCAGCAGCACCAGCAGGAGCUGGAGGCCAUGAGGGCCGAGAUGGCCAGGAGGACUGAUGAGCUGCAGACGGAGCAAGAGAAGCUGCGCGAGAGCGAGGGCAAGCUGUUGCAGCAGCAGAAAGACUUGUCCGUGAAGCACUCCCAGCUGGAGGCCCAGCACGAGCAAAUGCAGCAGGAGGCCAGUAGCAAUCUCCAGGCUCGGGAUGCGGCUUUGGAGAGAACAGUCCAGACUGCCCGGGAUCAGCAGGUUGAGCUUGAGCGGAAGCUGGAGCGCAGUCGCGCGGACUUCGAGGCUUACGAGGCACAGCUCAUGCAGCUGCAGCAAGAACACGGCAGCUUGCGGCAGCAGCAUACAGAGUUACAAAAAGGCCACGACUCCCUGCAAGCAGAGCACACGCAACUGCAGACAGACCAUGCAGGUGUCGUUGACGCGCGGGACCAGCUGACCAGCGACGUUGAAAGCCUCCGGCGGGAGAUGUUGCAGAAGCUGCAGGAGAGGGACGAGCACAUCUCCACCACCGUCAUGGACCUUAGAGCGGAUGCAGAGAAAAGGCUCGAGGCCAAGCAGGGCGAGCUCGACCGGUUGGUGGCGGACUUCGAGCAGGAGCGACGCACCCUGCAACAAGAGAAGCUGCGCGAGAGCGAGGGCAAGCUGUUGCAGCAGCACAAAGACUUGUCCGCGAAGCACUCCCAGCUGGAGGCCCAGCACGAGCAAAUGCAGCAGGAGGCCAGUAGCAAUCUCCAGGCUCGGGAUGCGGCUUUGGAGAGAACAGUCCAGACUGCCCGGGAUCAGCAGGUUGAGCUUGAGCGGAAGCUGGAGCGCAGUCGCGCGGACUUCGAGGCUUACGAGGCACAGCUCAUGCAGCUGCAGCAAGAACACGGCAGCUUGCGGCAGCAGCAUACAGAGUUACAAAAAGGCCACGACUCCCUGCAAGCAGAGCACACGCAACUGCAGACAGACCAUGCAGGUGUCGUUGACGCGCGGGACCAGCUGACCAGCGACGUUGAAAGCCUCCGGCGCGAGAUGUUGCAGAAGCUGCAGGAGAGGGACGAGCACAUCUCCACCACCAUCAUGGACCUUAGAGCGGAUGCAGAGAAAAGGCUCGAGGCCAAGCAGGGCGAGCUCGACCGGUUGCUGGCGGACUUCGAGCAGGAGCGACGCACCCUGCAAGCCGACAUCUCGGAUGCGCAGGCCGGCAUGGCCCAGCAACGGACCGAGAUCGAGGAGCGAGACAGACGCAGCCCGGCGGAAGCUCUGGUAAUUUCUGACCUGGGCACUUCGUAG